AUUUCAUCGAGUGCAGCGGAGUCAGACUCUGUUUGAAGUUGUGUUUAUACAAAAUAUACGUAUACCACUGCCAACUAAAUUUGAAUAUGCUUUCUACACAAAUAUAUUAACUACUUUCAGUGGCUUUUGAAUAAUGAGCCAAAAUCAAGCAACUCUCAAACGAACUGAUGAACAAAAAAAGAAAGAUGGAAACGCCCAGAAGAAAAGUCCGGAAAAGAAUAUGUCGGAGAUCGACGAACACAUACUAAAGAGAUUUGAUAUAAAGAAAAGGCUUGGAAAGGGUGCGUAUGGAAUAGUUUGGAAGGCCAUCGACAGAAAGACCAAAGAUGUCGUGGCGAUCAAGAAGAUAUUCGACGCAUUUAGAAAUCAAACUGACGCGCAAAGAACAUUCAGAGAGAUUAUAUUCCUGCAGUCGUUCCGUAAUCACCCCAAUAUUGUGAAGCUUCACAGCAUACACAGGGCACUCAACAAUCGUGACAUUUACCUCGGCUUUGAGUACAUGGAGACAGACCUGCACAACGUCAUCAAACGAGGGAACAUACUGAAGGAUAUCCACAAACGGUACAUCAUGUACCAGAUGCUCAAGGCUACCAAAUACAUUCACUCCGGCAACGUUAUACACAGGGAUCAGAAACCGAGCAAUGUACUCAUCGACAGUGCGUGCAGGGUAAAAAUAGCGGAUUUUGGACUCGCUAGAUCAGUCUCUUCUCUUUAUUCUGGUGGAGAAGAAGGUGCCGACCCGUGCUUGACAGACUAUGUGGCGACGCGGUGGUACAGAGCCCCCGAAAUACUAAUCGCUAGCAAGAAUUAUACGAAGGGUAUAGAUAUGUGGUCGCUGGGCUGUAUUCUGGGCGAGAUGCUCACUGGGUCGCCGCUGUUCCCCGGUACUUCCACCGUCAACCAGAUCGAGAGAAUAAUGUCCGCCUUGCCGCGACCAUCGCCUGAAGAUAUAUCAGCAGUUUGUACUGGGUACGGGUCGUCUCUGAUCCGUGAACAAGCUGCUACUAAGGGAGCCGGCGCGUGUCUGAAGACUCUCCUCUCCUGCGCUCCGAGAGACGCGGCUGAACUGGUGCAGCAGUUGCUGGUGUUCAAUCCAGCGAAGAGGUUGAGCGCCGAACGAGCGCUACACCAUGACUAUGUGGCCAAAUUCCAUCGGGAACGGGAUGAGCCAGCCCUAUCCUCCGACGUAUUACUUCCACUCCGAGAUGACAAACAAGUGUCCGUGAACGACUACAGGAAUAAGCUAUACAGCAUCAUGGCGAAAGGUUUUCAGAACUCAAGCCCUCUGAGAAAGAAUCAUUCAAGCAUCAAAUCCCAAGUCUUAUCAACCCCAGUCAAAAGCAAAAGUUUCCAGGAGCAUUCGGAGGUGAAACACAAUAAAGUAAAGCUCAGUGCCUCAGCCGAUGCGAAGUUAAGGAUGAGGUCGUCGAAAACCAUCGAGAAACCGCUCAAAUCUUAUCAAAGUAUUGGUGAACCCUCACAGAAAACGAAGCCGGUAAAAGCAACAAAACUCUUCGAACCCGACUGGACGGGGCUGACAAAGGGCCACGGUGACUAUUUUGAUUCGAAGGAGGAUAGAAGGUAUGACGUUACUUGCAAGGAUGUGUUCCAACCAGUCAGACUGAGUCAUAACUCAGCAGACACGAAGAGGCAACUGCAGCAGCGCCGAAACUCCACGUCAUUUUCAACAAUAAGUAUUGGCGAUACGGAACUUUCAGACUUCGGUAGAAAGAGACACGGCGUUAUCACCGCCAGCGCUCUGAUGGAUCUUAGAACUAGUAUUCGAUGAAGUUAGUUAUUGACGUGAUUUGAUAUUAUUUGAGUGAUUAUUGUUUUGAUUUAUGUUGGUGUGAAUUAAUUUACUAUUCUUGAUUAUAUUGAUGAUAGCAAUGGGUGACAAACUAAAUUAGAUAAAAAAAAUAAUGCGGUGAUUUUGAAGGUUGUAUCAAAUUUUAUGCAGAAAAGUCUUUAAUAUAACACGUUAAUGUAACAGGAGAAAAUCACCUAUGUCAAGCACAUUAACACGAAAAUAGAUUAAUGGUAUCUAAAUUGUUUAUUUUUAAACUAUUUCGACAUCUAGCUAAUAAUUGUGACAAAAAUUAUUGAUUCAAAUAUUGUUUUAGUUUUUACUGAUGUAAUUAAAUAUUUUCCUCAAUUAAGCAUUCUAGUCAAAAGUACAAUGUGUUAUUGUAUGUACGAGUUUUCUGAAAAAUUUACUA